UUGAAGGUGUCACUUCCUGUAAGAAAUCAAGACAGUUCCAUUCUCUUUAGUGUUUGCCCUGUCCUCCCAAUGUUCACCUCUUCGCUGCCUGCAUUUCGAUAGAAAAUAACACACAGUUACACUUGCAAGUACUUGAAUAACACAAAAAGCGCGACAACAAACGCCUGUCUCAUGGAGUAAAAACCUGAAGUUACGCAGCAACAAGGCACAUUUUACAUUCAGCCCUCUGCAAUUUGCAAGCCUGCCGUUCUGCUGUGAAUCUCCUUCUAUCGACUUGAGGCUGCUCAGUGAGAUCAAUUAGAAUGUCUCAGCUCCAGUUUCAGUGUCCACCUAGCUCCAUGCCUGCUGCCUCUGCCCCACUGCAGCUGGGGCAGCCCCAGCCUGGCUAUAGCAUCCCCUUUGCCGCAGGAGCUCUGCCGUCGGAGAGCGCCAGUCAACCAAUCAGGACUUCCGCUCUUCCAGCAGGCUCGGCCACUCCCUAUAUUACCACCACAGUGUCUAACAUGGCAAACCCUAAAGAGAAGACCCCCAUGUGUUUGGUGAAUGAGUUAGCCCGUUUCAACAAGAUCCAGCCCGAGUACAAACUGCUUUCUGAGCAAGGACCAGCUCACUCUAAGAUUUUUUCCGUGAGGCUGACACUGGGAGAUCAGUAUUGGGAGGCAGAGGGGACCAGUAUCAAAAAAGCCCAGCAUUCCGCCGCUGCAUCUGCUCUUGCUGAAACAACACUUCCAAAGCCCACCGCCAGAUCCCCCCGCAACACAGGCAAGAGCCCAGCAGUAGAUGGCAUCACACAUACCAUGGAACUGAAUGCACUUUGUAUGAAGCUUGGUAAAAAACCUUUUUAUAAACCCAUUGAUCCGUACCCAGUGAUGAGACCACCAAACUUCAACUACAGCGUCCGUGCUCCAGCGCCGUACCAGCGCUCUAUGCAACAGUACUACUAUCCAUUUCCUCCAAUGGGACCAAUGAUUUACCACAUGGAGCUUUCCAUUGGAGGUCAGCAGUUCAUGGGGAAAGGACGCACACGGCAGCUGGCCAAACACGACGCUGCUGCUAAAGCCUUGAAAACAUUGCUGAAGGAGCCGAUGCUGCAACAGAUGCCACCAGUGAUGAAUGGGGAUCCUGAAGAGGAGAACCUGAACAAAUCAGAAAUCAGUCAAGUGUUUGAGAUCGCUCUAAAACGAAACUUACCUGUCAACUUUGAGGUUUUAAAAGAAGAGGGCCCUCCACACAUGAAAAUGUUUCUGGUGCGCGUUGCAGUCGGGGAGUUCGUGGGAGAAGGUGAAGGAAAAAGUAAAAAGAUUGCCAAAAAGCUCGCAGCAGCCGCCGUGCUGGGAGAGUUGAAGAAAUUGCCCCACAUACCGAUUGUGGAAAAGACGCUGCCACGCAUCAAAAAGAAAACCAAAUCUAUAAUCAAGCUGCAGACCAGCCCAGAGUACGGCCAGGGAAUGAAUCCCAUCAGCCGCUUGGCUCAGAUUCAACAGGCCAAAAAGGAGAAAGAGCCCGAGUACAGCUUAGUGAUAGAGAGAGGUCUGCCACGGCGCAGGGAGUUUGUCAUGCAGGUGAGCGCGUGCGGUCAGACCGCAGAGGGAAUGGGACCAAGUAAAAAGGUAGCCAAGAGGAACGCAGCUGAGAAAAUGCUGGAGCUCCUGGGAUUUAAAGUGCCUCAGCCUCAACCUCCCAAACCCGCAUUGAAAACAGACGAGAAGACUCCUGUGAAAAAACCUGGCGAUGGACGCAAAGUGACCUUCUAUGAACCUAGCUGUGUAGAGGACGUGGCGUUGAGUCCCAAAGAGGAGGACUACCGCCUGCCUUACCUGAGCCACCAGCAGCUGCCUGCAGGGAUCUUGCCCAUGGUGCCGGAGGUCGCUCAAGCGGUUGGAGCGUGCCAAGGGCCCCAUGCUAAGGACUACAGCCGAGCCAUUCCCAACCCAGGCAAAGCCACCAUCACUGCCAUGAUUGCAAACGAGCUGCUGUACGCAGGGGCGUCUUUGACCGCGGAGACUAUCCUAAAGAAUAAAAACAAUCUUAACAAACUGCCCCUCGGACCCCUCACCAGACCCUCAGAACAGCUCGGCUAUCUCGCCUCAGUGCAAGGUCUCCAGGUGGAAUACAAAGAUUUUCCCAAAAACAACAAGAACGAGUUUGUGUCACUGAUAAACUGCUCCUCGCUGCCUCCACUGAUCAGUCAUGGGAUUGGAAAAGAUGUUGAAUCCUGUCAUGAUAUGGCUGCACUGAACAUUCUGAAGAUGCUCUCCGAGUUCGACCAGCAGUCGAGUGAAAAAGUCGGAAACGGGCCAACAGCGGGCAGCGUGAAGCAGAAAGUGGACGGCGAGUCCCACAUCAAACCGGCUAACUCAAGCACACAGACGCUGGACGGCAAGGCUUAGGUCAGGUUUGGUUGUCUUCAAAAGCACUAGAGAAAACUCGAAACACUGUGUUCUUAGUCUGUUUUAGGCUGCAAAAGCUCCGGCCGCUGUCGGCUCUGAGAAAAGAAAAUCACUGUAUUUAUUGUAACCAAAUGUUCACAGUUAAACAAUAUUAAUAGGAAACCUGGUUUCUCGUUCUUGAUGUUGUUUAGGUGAACAUUUUCCUUUUUGCUUUGCAGAAAAAGUAGCUGCAUCCUAGUCAGUCAGUUUGGGCAUGUGCUUUGAUGAAAUCAUCUGAUUAGCUGUGAAUUCUUUUUGUUUUGAGUAGAAUUUAUUUUCUUUUCUUUAUGAGGAUCAGAAGUUCUUGUAUGAAAUGUUUCUCUGUUCCUAAUUCUCCCCUGAAGUGGUAAAGUUGGGCCUGUAAUUGUCUAGGGUGCAGCUGUUGAACCUCUGUUGAUUUUCCUAGAGUGCUUUCUUUAACAACCAAGCGGAAUUCCUCACUAAAUAUAGAAUUAAUGUUAUUAUAUCAUAUUGCUUUUUUUUUGUGUCGCAGGGACACCCCCCCCCACCCCUCCCAACAACAUGUAAAUUCCCUUAAGCUCCCCGUGAUAAUUAAAGUUUUGUGCUUGCACGCACAAAAAACCCCAAAAAA